CAGGCUUCGAUUCAUAUUAUGACACGAAUCCUUUGUGCGGACCUCAAACUUGUCCCUUAUUUAUUGAAGACGCAAAAAAGUUGCUGAAUAUAAAAAGCAACUUUGUCUGUGCCACCUCCCCCGCUCUCGUGCAUGGAAGCUUUGUCUACUACAAUGAUGUUAGGCAUAUUUAUUAGGGGAUGGAGUUAAGAAAUUCGUCUAUUAGGGGCUUUUUUGCGUCCAGAAUUAGACGGAUAGGUUCGCGUGGCCGAGCCAAAAGCGUGGGGUGGCUUGAAAUAGCAGCCCGCGGAGGAUUUGCGGUAGUCCUGAAGUGCGUCACAAUGGUGAAGCGCGAGACCGAAACCAGCACGCAUUUGUUUGUACCCAAUUGAGCGAGUUUCAGGAUGCCACCACUCUCUGAUUGCCGUCGAAGGUCUGACGCCAGAUUCCUGCUAGGUGCCUCAACACCCCUGUAGUAUAAUGCUGUAAUGAAAUGUACCAGCCCACAAGCCCGCACCAGUUACCCGCGGGCACGCUCGGUCCUUACCCAAGUUCCUACCCUGCCUUUGUGCGUGGAUGAGCGAAAUAUUAAGAUCUAAAUAUGUUUCCUCAGGUUGCUUUCACAUGUACUCUGUCCUAAUUAUAUUGCGUGCUAAAAAUUACAGUGCGAAUCAGUGCUUCAGCGUUGAUCAGGGCAGAAAUGGUGCUCCUCUGAAACCUCGAGGCAAGGCAGCAAUAAUAUAUUCUCUCAUAUCAGUCUCUUCGGUAAGAAAUGCAUGCCAAACAGCUAGGUGGCCCUGAACCUUUGAAAAUAUACGGUCUGCCUAUGCGCGAUG